CUUUUUUCUUCCUUUCUUUUAAUAAUAAUAAAUAAAGAAUGCAACUAAAUAGAGCCCAUAUUAAAAAUAGUCCUAUCGUUCUUAUAUCCUUUAUAAUGUCAGUGAUAGGCUGGUUUAUCACAUUUAUUGGAGCAUGUAUUGCGGGAAGAGGUGGUGUUAUUUGGUGGAUCAUAAUUUAUGAAUUACUUUUAGUUGGUAGCAUUUUAUUUAGUAUUUGGAGACAGGUUUUCCAUCAUUAUCAACUUAUGUUUUUAGUCUUUUUGGGAGUUAGUAUUGCAUUAUUAACAAUAUAUAUCGACCAAUUAUUAUUCUUUCAUUCAAGUGGUGAUCAAGCUACUAGUGCAGGCGCUAUCAUAUUAAUUAUCAUAGAAUUCUUUUGGGUUAUUUUAUUUGGAAGUACAGAAGAUUCAUUUGUAAAUCAAUUUAUUUAUUCUCAAUUCACAGUAAAUACGAAUAAUACAGUAAAUAGGGUGCAAAUUCACACCAGUCCAAAAGAAAGUAAAGUUGCAUUAAGUUCACCUGAACAUCCUCCAUCUUCAAUACAUAUUGUAUCACCUAUCAUGAUGCCACAGCCUACAAUUACAGUAACUGCAUUACAUCCAUAUACAGCAAAUCCUGAAGAUCCAAAUGAACUUUCUUUUGCUAAAGAUGAAGUUCUCGAAAUUUUAAAUAAGAGUGGAAACUGGUGGCAGGCCAAGAAACGAGAUGGUACAAUUGGUAUUGUACCGAGUAAUUAUUUUGCCCCUUAAAAAAAAAAAAAACUUGAUAUUUAUUGUUUUACCUUUUUUAAUACCUUCUAUUUUGAUCAAUGUCCUAAUUUCUCACUAUGUCAACAAGUCAAGCAGCAUUUAAUUUUACUUUUUGUAAUGCUCUAAUAGCUUCUUUCUUUCUUUUUCCUUCUUCUUAUAGAUCAUUAAACGAAUUAUUACCUUUUAACAAAUUCUGGUUUAAAAUGCCGUUUAAACAAUCCUUACAUAACAAAUG